CGUUUUAUGUUCCAAAAUGUUCGAACUUCGGGAUUUAUCAGUAGGGCAAUGACCAGUUGUGCCAAUAUGAAGAAGGAGCACCAUCAUAAAGUGAUCAAAUAGAACUAAAAGAAUUUUAGGUUAUGUAUUAGUAAAUGAAUGUUUUUAUUUACUUUUCUGAUAUUUAGGCAAAAUGGAGCAAAAGUAUUUGGAUGUUAGUAAAAUGUCCACCAUAAAGAAGAGCAAUAAAAACAAAAGACCCAGGACCACAGAGGAUGAGUACGGAGAUUUGAUUGUUGAUGUGGAUUCAAUCGGAGGGAAAAGCAAGACUCCAACGAAGGGAGCUAUUGUGGGAAAUGCAAAUAAGAAGCGGAGGAAGAGGGACAGCGCUUCCAGUGAUGAAGAAAGGUGGCUGACAGCUAUUGAAUCGGGCAAGCUGGAGGAUGUGGAUGAUGAGUUGAAGAAGAUCAAGCCAAAGGAUCCAUCUUUGAUGACGGCUCGACAGAGGGCCAUGUAUGAUAGAGGUGCUGAUGGGGGGAAUCAGGCCACAAAUCCUCAGCUGAUUUCUCUGCCAACUGGAUAUAAGGAAAAAGUUAUGACACCAGAGGCAAUACAAAAAGCUGCCAUAAAGUCGUUGAAGAGAAAGCAGUUGGCGGAUGAGAAAAGGGAGAAGGACAAAAAGAAGACAAUGGAGAGGAUCUUGAAGAAGCAGGAGUCGAAAGCGUUGAAAUCCCUUCGAAACAGACACGCAAAAUCCCUGGCGCCGGCGAUACUCUACAAGCAGAACGUGGAGUCGACGAUAAUGGCCUUUCCGUCGGCCAUGGAUCUGCCGAUCGUCGCGAAAAGAUCGCCCGCUCCUGCGAAGAUGGUGUACUGCGGCAUGAACUGCGGUAACCCCAAGAAAUACUCGUGCUCGAAGACGGGUGUUGCGCUUUGCAGCUUGUCAUGCUACAGGAAGAACAUUUCUAGGCACAUCUUGUAAAAAAAACAACGUAUUA